AUGGAUAUGGAUUUAAGAAUAUAUUUACAACAAAAUCAUAACCAACUUAUAUGGAAAGAGAGAGUUAACAUUGCUUAUGAAAUAAUUAACGCAAUUUACUUUAUUUAUAGAGAAAAUGCAAUUCAUGGAGAUUUGCAUUCUGGAAAUAUAUUAUAUUCACAAUUAAAUGAUUCCUGGUAUAUUAGUGAUCUUGGAUUUUGUGGGCCAAUUGAUAAACCAUCAAAAAGUAUAUAUGGAAAUCUUCCUUUUAUAGCACCCGAAGCUAUUGUCGGAAGAGAAUAUACUAUUGCAUCUGAUAUUUAUAGUAUUGCAAUACUUAUGUGGGAAAUUUCAUCUGGACAACCACCAUUUAUAAAUUAUGAACAUGAUUAUGAUCUUGCAAUAAACAUUAUUAAUGGUAUAAGGCCAAAAAUUGUGUCAGGAACUCCAUUAGAAUAUAAGAAUUUAAUGAAAGAAUGUUGGAAUGCCGAUCCGUUAAAAAGACCAGAUAUUUAUACGCUUUGGAAAAGAAUGAAAAGAAUUAACUUAGAUUAUCAAACAUUUCUUAGUAAAUUGAAUGAUUUUAACAUCCAUAACGAUGAUAAUGAAAAAUUACCCAAAGAAUUCAAAAAGUUGCAAAUAAAUUCAAAUAAUGAUGAAAAAGAAAUAAUUUAA